AGCUGGUUGUCUAUAUAAAUAGACCUGGGAGUCUGGAGUCCCACACAGACUUUUUGAGGAACGGCUGGGGAACAAGAAAGAUGCCCGCAUCGCCAACUGGAUUUGGAAACUUCUUGGAGAGGAACCUCGUAAUGCAGGCUGGAAAUCAGAUGCUGAUGCUGGGGAGCCCAUCGGGUGUACAGCAGCAGCAGCAGCAGCAACAGGCUCAACAUCUGGCGGCUAUGGCAGCUGGAAUUCCUAUAACAUACACAGGACUGCAGGGAUACAACUUUAUCCCAUAUCCACACCACAGGCACAUCGCGCACAUGAGCAGUGGCUUUGACCUGAAGGCCGCCUCUCCUUAUCAUCACACACUCCUGGGCCGUGGAGGGGUCCUCUACCCUCCCUACCAUCCGGGCGUUGCUGAGGAUCUUGGCAGGGUUGCCAAGGUGGCCACUCGAGAGAGCACUGGUGCACUAAAGGCCUGGCUGAAUGAACACCUGAAGAACCCGUAUCCAACCAAGGGGGAAAAAAUCAUGCUGGCCAUCAUCACCAAGAUGAGUUUGACACAGGUGUCCACCUGGUUCGCUAAUGCCAGGCGGCGCCUGAAGAAGGAAAACAGGGUCAGCUGGGCAUCCAAAAGCAAAUCGGAUGAGGAGGAUGAGGAGCUGGAGGGUGAGAGUGAAGAAGAUGAGAGUCCCCUGCAGAAGUGCCCCUUGGAGCAGCAAGAUGACGAGGCAGACCAUCAUGGAGAGCACGCAGCCGCAGAGAAGCCAGAGAGCUCUGCAGCUCCAGAGGAGCAUUUGGAGGUGCAGGAAGUUGGGGAAGUUAGACAAGAGAAGAAAGUUAGAAACAGCAGUUCUGACCACACACCCUCAGCUUCAGAAAGCAAAGAGAGCACUGUCAGUCAGAAACCCAAAAUUUGGUCUUUGGCGGAGACUGCCACCUCAGACAUGUCAAAGAAACCUCUGGACAGUUUUUACCACCCUGCUGGGAAACUGUGGGCGGACUGGGCGUCACGAACCGGACUGUUUGUUCCGGCUUACUACACUACUCAUGAAAUAGUCUGAGCUGAACAUAUUAAAAAUGUUUUUUUUUUUUUAAAACCUUUUGCACUUUAAACCUUCAAACCUCACGGACUUCCUGAAGUUUGUUAUGAAAUAAGAAUGUGUUGGGAGACCAACGAAUAAGGAUGUUUUCUCACUGUAAAUAAAUGUAGAUGUAUUUUUCCACCUGGAUAAUGUAAAUUAUAUUUCCUUUGUCUAAUCAUAAAGAGGUAUUUUGGUAAAAUAAACUUUGGCUUCUUCUAAACUUAAGGUGUUUUUAUUGUUCUGACAUAGGAACCUGAAGAUAAAUGAGAAAAGAUGGUUUGAUGAAGAAAAGCACAAAA